AUGCGUGGCGAUUACAGCUUGCUGCUGCAUUUGUGCCUCAGAAACACGGAAGUGCAGGCUGCGCGAGAGCUCUACUUCGCACACGAUGGGCUUGUGCAAGAACGGGCUACGUUUGUGGGCAAGUCUUUGGCCCGCCGGAUCUGGGAGCUGUUCGCCAUUCCACGCAUACGUAGAGCGACAGUCGCUGCCGCAUGGAUCGUGAUCAGUCAGCAGUUCUCAGGGAUCAACAUCAUGGCGUUCUACUCUUCGACCAUCUUUUCGACUGCUGGGUACGACGUGACACAGUCGUUGAUGGCUUCUUGGGGCUUUGGACUCGUGACACUAGUCUUUGCUCUGCCUGCUGUAUACACCAUGGACACCUUUGGAAGACGUAACCUGCUUCUCUUCACCUUUCCCAACAUGGCCUGGUGUCUUUUUGCUGCAGGCUGCUGCUUCCUGAUGCCAAAGUCGAACGACGCCAGAGUACCACUGAUUGCGGUCUUCAUAUACCUCUUUUCCGCGUUCUAUGGCACAGGCAUCGGACCCAUACCAUCAAUCUAUCUCUCCGAAGCAUUCCCACUGUCCCAUCGAGAGAUCGGUGCCGCCUUCACAAUUUGCGUCAACAAGGCGGUUGGUAGCGCUCUUGGUCUCACAUUUCCAACUUUGCUCGCAAGAAUUACUCCCACUGGCGCUUUCGGAUUUUACGCUGGACUGAACAUCAUUGCAUUCAUCUUCAUCUUCCUCCUGGUUCCGGAAACGAAACAGCUCUCGCUCGAAGAGCUGGACUACGUCUUCAGCGUGCCUACUCGGCGCCACGCAAAAUACCGUAACUCGUGCCUGGCUACCUUGGUGGAUCCGACGAUGGACACUCUGGCGAAGAGACGUGAUAGUCGAGGCUCUCUAUCAAAGGGAGGCUCUGUGAGGCAUGUCGGUCAAGGACGCAGCGAAACAACCACUCUCCAGCACACACUACCAUAG